AUGCCAACUGAGUCAGGGAAAGAAAUAGAGGUAUGGCUAAAUCUCUGGAAACCCACAGAAUGCAACGAGACUGAUGAAAGUGAUGAAUAUGAACAAGCUGCAAGUUUUCAACAGUUUUCAGACGAGGAGCCAUUACCACAAGAAGAAAGCAACUCAGAAGAUGAUGUGAUUGCUGUUGACGAGGAGGCCGCAAUCCUACAAGAGGAAAGAAUCAUGGAGAGGGGAAAUUGUUAUGCAACCAGAGGGGCUGAGAUUAUUGGAAUGACCACUACUGGAGCAGCCAAAUACCACCACAUUCUAAAAAAUAUUCACCCAAAAAUUGUGGUGAUUGAAGAAGCUGCUGAAGUCUUUGAGUCUCACGUCAUAACCUCCUUACCUCCCUCUGUGCAGCAACUCAUCCUCAUUGGAGACCACAAACAGCUUCGACCCAAACCAAACCACUAUGAACUAGUUAAAAAGAAGUAUAAUCUUGACGUCUCCCUUUUUGAGAGGCUCAUAAAGAAUGGUAUUCCUCAUGUUACCCUAACAGUCCAGCACAGAAUGAGGCCAGACAUUGCCUCACUAAUACAUCCAGCUAUCUACCCUGAGCUACAAAAUGGACCACGAGCAAUUGAACAUGGGCAACACAAAAUAGCUGGAGUUGGGCACAGCCUUUUCUUUCUUCACCAUGAAUUCUAUGAGGACCCAAGCGAGUCACUCAGUCAUGUAAAUAUUCAUGAAGCCGAGUUUAUGGUUGCUUUGUGUCGCUACCUCAUCAAGCAAGAAUACGAACCAAGCCAAAUCACACUCCUCACUAUGUACAGAGGCCAACUUCUGCAAAUGAAGAAAAGAAUGAAGAUAAGCGAGUUCAAAGGUGUUCGUGUUGCUGCCGUGGAUGACUUUCAAGCCGAAUGCCCACCAUGUAUGCACAAAUGCUCCAACUACUGUCCUCACAGCAAGUGCCCAAGGAACUGCUACGAGCCUUGUGAUCCCUGUGCAGAGCCUUGUCAGUGGAACUGCGACCAUCUUAAAUGCACUAAGAAGUGUGGAGAGCUGUGCAAUCGUCCACGAUGUAACAUGCCAUGUCUAAAAAGACUCAAAUGUGGCCAUCCAUGUAUUGGUCUUUGUGGUGACAAGUGCCCCAAACUGUGCCGUGUGUGUGACAAUGAUAAGGUCACAGAGAUAUUUUUUGGAAAGGAAGAUGAACCAGAUGCCAGAUUUGUUCAGUUGCAAGACUGCAAGCAUGUCUUUGAAUAUACCGGCCUUGACAAGUGGAUGGACAGGGAAGAAUCUGAGGAAAUACAGUUCAAAAAGUGUCCUCGCUGCAGCACUCUCAUUCGAACAAGUUUGCGCUACUACAAUGAAGUAAAGAAAGUUCACAAUCACUUUGAGGAAAUCAAGAAAGAGCAGCUUCAAAUGUCAAAUAUUGGCCAAGUUCUAAUGCCCAAAUUUAGGGAGCUAAAAUCAAAGGGAGGGCAAUGUGUGGAAGUUAUAGUUGAUGUUAAGAAAAUCGAGUCCCUAUUAAGUCCAGACACACGGCCUCGGUACAUUUUGCCCCACUGCCUGAAUGCCAUUCAGAACCAGCUGGCAAUACUACCAACUAUUGUCACUAUGUACAAUGAGUUGACUCAAGUAGAGCAAAAGAGCUGGCAGUUCAGAGAUGGCAAGAUAAACAGUGAAGCAGUUCACCAACAAAUACAAUGUGUGCAAAGGUUUUUAAGGCAAGACUCUCUGACAGACCAACAGCUCAGUGAUAUCCAAUGUGAAAUCAGGCGACUCAACUGCAUGAUUCGUCUUUUGAAGCUCCACUCGCUUAUUAAAGAGAAACAAAUUACCAUCACACCUGAAGAAAAAGAGUGUUCCGAUAAGUAUGCAAGUUAUGUCUACCACAGUGGAGCAAGACACAAUAUUCCCAAAGUCUCUAAAGAAUUUGUGGAUAGAUUUUCGAAACUAAUAACAUUCUUUGAAACAAAAUACAAGUUGGACGGGGUAACGGAAGAGGAGCGUGUGGAGAUUGUCAAAGCUAUGGGUCUACAAAAGGGCCAUUGGUUCAAAUGUCCAAAUGGACACUACUACUGCAUCACAGAGUGUGGUGGAGCAAUGGAAGAAGCCAAGUGCCCUAAUUGUGAUGCCAGGAUUGGUGGAGCAAACCAUACACUUCGGGGAGAUAAUCGUCUGGCACCGGAAAUUGAUGGUGCACGAUAUGCAGCCUGGUCGGACCAAGCCAACAUGGCUAACUACCAGUUUUGA